AUGUUGGGACCCAGACCUUUUAAUUUUACUUCAGUGUUCUCAAAAGCAGGAACCUCGUGUUUGCCACUAUUCCAGUUGGUGCUCUCGGACCCACCAUGUGAAGAAAGUGAAAUGUGCAUAAACUAUAAAGAUCGAUACACAAGUGACUGGUAUAUCUGGAUCUUGCUGCUGAUUUUCCUGGUGACUCUCCUCUGUGGAGUCAUGUUCUUCUGCUUCCAGUGCUGGCUGAGGAGACCCCGAAUGGAAUCCCCAAGACGCACCAUGGCUGUUUUUGCUGUUGGAGACUUGGACCCCGUUUAUGGGACAGAAGUGGCUGUGAAUCCAACUGUUGGAAUUCACCUUCAAACUCAAAACUCUGAAAUGUGUCCUGCUCCAUGUUUUGGCACUUUAGACCCCCCACCUCCAUAUGAAGAAAUUCUGAAAUCAAGCUGA